UAGUAGUCAGUGACAUUGAUGGAACCAUUAUACUAAGAUUUGUCCUUUUUCUCUUUUCUAACAGAUAAACUGGGGAAAGUUAAAAUGUAGCAGUACUAGUAAACUUUCCACUUCCUGUUCUUUUUAUAUUUCUCUUUUUUUCUUCUUCUUUGGAAAGUGGGUUGGGAACUGGAUUUUAGUGAUUAUGAUUUAUUUUGUCCUUGUUUUGGAAUUUAACUUUUUUCCUUCAUAAAGCAAAGAAGAAAGAGGGUCGGGAUCAGCAUGGAGAGUAUAGAUGAAAAAAUGGGUGUAAUUUAAGCUAAGAAAUUCAUCAUGCAAUUAAUAAUUUGCAAUAUAAUUGCAGAAAUAGCUUGUCACCAACAGAACUAUUUUGUACUUUGUUCUUUCUUUAUGUGUAUUCCUGCUUAUAUAUUAGUUUAUGCAAAAAUUCAGCUAACUUGAAAAUGAUAAGGUGUAAAAGGACCUUUCUAAACUGUCCACAUCAAGUGGAUUUUCCUUUUUAUGCUUCUUUUUCUAAUAUAAAUAGAGAAACAUCACAAGCUUUGAAGUUUUGUAUCCUUCCGUUUGAAAAAUUAUGCACUAAGCUCUCGCUAUGCACGGGAUUCAGAGAAGGACUGGACCACACUGUGUCUAUGUGAAUUAGCCCAUUCUAAUCUCAGAUGGGUCAAUCUAGCGUUGAGGCAAUAGAAACAAAAGAAAUGGACUACCGAAGUUUAUCAUCCUCAGAACACGAACAAGCACCAUAUAUGCACAAGGUUGGAGUCCCACCGAAACAGAACCUAUUCGAUGAAUUUAAGACCACUAUAAAGGAAACAUUGUUUUCAGAUGAUCCUCUACGUCCCUUUAAGGAUCAACCAAGGUCUCGGAAGUUUUUGCUUGGUUUGCAGGCUGUAUUUCCCAUAUUAGAUUGGGGUAAAAGCUAUAAUGUUUCCAAGUUCAGAGGCGAUCUUAUUGCUGGUCUGACUAUUGCAAGUCUCUGCAUUCCUCAGGACAUUGGAUAUUCAAAGCUCGCAAACUUAGCUCCUCAGUAUGGACUCUACUCGAGUUUUGUUCCGCCUUUGGUUUAUGCCUUCAUGGGUAGCUCGAGAGAUAUAGCCAUAGGACCUGUUGCUGUUGUAUCACUCUUACUAGGGUCUCUGCUCAGCAAUGAAAUCGAUCCAACUACAAAUCCAAUCGAAUAUCGGAGGCUUGCAUUUACAGCUACUUUUUUUGCUGGCAUUACCCAAGCAACUCUUGGAAUCUUAAGAUUGGGAUUCUUAAUCGACUUCCUAUCACAUGCUGCUGUUGUUGGUUUCAUGGGUGGUGCGGCCAUUACAAUUGCCCUCCAGCAACUUAAAGGUUUUCUGGGCAUCAAGAAGUUUACUAAGGAAACUGAUAUCAUUUCGGUUAUGAAAUCAGUAUGGCGUUCAGCCCACCAUGGAUGGAACUGGCCGACAAUUCUCAUUGGAGCAACAUUUUUAACUUUCCUUUUGUUCGCAAAGUACAGCGGAAAGAAGAACAAAAAGCUCUUUUGGAUACCUGCAAUUGCUCCUCUGAUAUCUGUCAUUCUUUCCACCUUCUUUGUCUACAUAACACAUGCUGAAAAACAUGGAGUCGAGAUUGUGAGACAUAUUGAGAAAGGAAUUAAUCCUCCUUCUGUCGGUGAAAUAUAUUUCACCGGUGAUUAUCUCUUAAAAGGGCUUAGGAUUGGUAUUGUAGCUGGCAUGAUAGCAUUGACGGAAGCUGUUGCAAUUGGAAGAACAUUUGCUUCAAUGAAGGACUAUCAGUUGGAUGGAAACAAAGAAAUGGUGGCACUUGGAACAAUGAACGUUGUUGGCUCAAUGACAUCGUGCUAUGUGACAACAGGAUCCUUCUCUCGUUCAGCAGUAAAUUACAUGGCCGGCUGCCAAACUGCAGUUUCCAACAUUGUUAUGUCUUUUGUUGUGUUCCUGACGUUGUUGUUCAUAACCCCUCUUUUUGAGUACACUCCGAAUGCAAUUCUUUCUGCCAUUAUUAUCUCUGCUGUCAUUGGAUUAGUAGACUACGAAGCAACAAUUUUGAUUUGGAAGAUCGACAAAUUUGAUUUUGUUGCUUGCAUGGGAGCAUUUUUUGGUGUGGUUUUCGCCUCUGUUGAGAUUGGUCUUAUAAUUGCUGUCUCCAUAUCAUUUGCUAAGAUUCUCCUCCAAGUCACAAGGCCACGAACAGCUAUUCUUGGCAAGAUCCCUAGGACAAAUGUAUAUAGGAACAUUCAACAAUAUCCCGAAGCAACACAAGUUCCCGGUGUACUAAUUGUGAGAGUCGAUUCUGCUAUCUACUUUUCAAAUUCUAACUACAUGAGAGAGAGGCUAUUAAGAUGGCUAACGGAUGAGGAUGAGCAACUAGAAUCCGUUGGCCUUCCUAAAAUUCGGUUCUUGAUUGUUGACAUGUCACCUGUGACUGACAUUGACACUAGCGGCAUCCAUGCCUUAGAAGAGUUGCACAGAAGCCUACAUAAGAGAGAAGUUCAGCUAGUUCUCUCGAAUCCUGGAAGAGUAGUGAUUGACAAGCUGCAUGCAUCUAAUUUUGUGAGUCAAAUCGGUGAGGACAGGAUCUUUCUCACUGUAGCAGAUGCCGUGCUGACCUGUUCCUCAAAGUCCCCUGAAGAAGUAGUCUAAUUGUAAAUGUAAUACAACCAUGGAAACUCACCUAUGCUUGGACGUCCAGACAUACCCGAGAGAAGUAGUCUAACAUCGACUCGGAGAAAGAAAAAUCAGCCAGACAUAGCCGACAGAACGAACUUGCAUAUACUAUUAAUGUAGAGUGAAUAAAUUAAAAGAGGAACCUUGGGAAACUGAUGGCAUUGGAAUUUAGUAGCAGAAAAUGAUUCAUAAGCUAGCCAAUUGUGCUUAUAAUGCGGUUGUUGGGCUGUUAAAGUUGUUUGUAUGUUAGCUUUGUUAGCUACCUUUUGGAUUGUAUAGUUCAAAACUCUCUUCUCAAUGAGGGUUUGCUGAAAUUAAGCAGUGUUGAACUUACCAGGAAUGAAUGUGAUUCCAGUAUACCAUUCACCAAGGUUAUAAAGAGGUAUAUGUGUGUGUGCGUGUAUAUCAAUGAAUCAAUUAAUUAACUGUGGCUCAA